GUCCUCCCCUCGGGCCGGGAGCCCCCCGGCGGGAUGGCGGCGGCGGCGGCGGCGGCGUCGGGGCCGCGUCGCGGGCGGUGGUGGUGGCAGAACCGGCGCGCGCGGCUGCUGUGCAUGCUGGCGCUCACCUUCCUCUUCUUCGUGGUGGAGGUGGUGGUGAGCCGGGUGACGGCGUCGCUGGCCAUGCUGUCCGACUCGUUCCACAUGCUGUCCGACGUCAUGGCCCUGGUCGUGGCGCUGGUGGCCGUGCGCUUCGCCCAGCGCACCCGCGCCACCAAGAAGAACACCUUCGGCUGGGUGCGCGCCGAGGUGAUGGGCGCGCUGGUCAACGCCGUCUUCCUCACCGCCCUCUGCUUCACCAUCCUGCUGGAGGCCAUCGAGCGCUUCACCGAGCCCCACGAGAUCCAGCAGCCGCUGGUGGUCAUCGCCGUGGGGGUGGCGGGGCUCGUCGUCAACCUACUGGGGCUCUGCCUCUUCAACCACCACGGCGUCGGGGGACACGGCCAUGCCCACGGCCACGGCCACUCGCACGGCGGUGGCCGGCACCCCCGGCUCGGCGGCGGAACCAAGCCCGAGCAGCCCCCGGGGGACGGGGAGGCCGCGCUGCACCGGGAGGAGACCAGCACCUUGGUGGAGAACUGCAGCAGCUCCAACGGGGUCAGCCAGGAGAAGCUGGGUGAUAUGAAAGACGACACGACUGACCUACAAGUGAAUGGGAAUGCUGGCCAUUAUCCUCUGGACGUAGAGGAGGUUGAAGAAGACUCUAGUGCGCAGCUUAACAUGCGUGGAGUAUUUCUGCAUGUUUUUGGAGAUGCCUUAGGUUCGGUAAUUGUGGUAGUGAAUGCCUUGCUCUUCUAUGGCUUGUGGAAUCCGUGCCCCAAAGAUGGGCCCUGCGUUAAUCCAUGCGUCAAUAACCACUGCAUGGAGAAUGCUACUUUAGCCCCAACACUUGGCAGAGCCAACAAGUCUGAGCAAGAGAGCGUUACGGUGGCAGGUCCAUGCUGGUUGCUAUACUUAGAUCCUGUCCUUUGUUUGAUUAUGGUUUGUAUACUCCUUUACACAACCUACCCGUUACUUAGGGAGUCGGCCCUUAUACUUCUGCAGACUGUUCCCAAGCAAAUAGAUGUUCAUUCUUUGAACUCAAAAUUACGCACCCUUGAAGGAGUCGAAGCAGUCCAUGAAUUACACAUUUGGCAGCUAGCGGGGAGUCGGAUCAUUGGCACUGCUCACAUCAAGUGUCCCGACCCUUCCACGUACAUGAUGGUGGCAAAGCGCAUAAAGGAGAUCUUUCACGACGAAGGGAUUCAUGCGACUACCAUUCAGCCUGAGUUUGCCAGCGUUGGCUCUGAAUCAGGGAGAGGGAAAUGCGAGUUUCCUUGCAGAACUCAGUGUGCUUUGAAGCAGUGCUGUGGAACAGUAGAAGAUAGUACUGGAAAGAAGACAGAAAAAUCUUCUUCGCUUAGUAUUUCUUGCUCAGAGGUUGUCAUUGAAUUUCCGCAUAACAAAACCAGAAGGACUAAAUCGGAGAGCGUUCCUUCAGUUAAGCUAGAGGCAAACACUGAUCAAAAUGAGCAGUUUGAAUCGUCGUUGUAACUCCCGGGGUGGUGCUGCCUGAGUUGUGGUGACUUUGACAACAGCUGCAUUGCAGGAGGAAGAGACGGAUGUUGGAGAUGCAAUUUUGCCAAGUAGUGUAAUUGCUGAAGUCCUUGUUCUUGUCAUAUUGCUAAACCUAGAAUGCUUGUUUCAAAGAACAUAAUGUCACUGUCAUGAUACAAUAUUUGUGUUGACUUUGUACUGAGACAGACAGAAAGUGCACCGAUGCUGUAACAACUUCAGAAAACCAGUUCCAACAUUUCAGCCGAGACACUUUUUGUUGUUCUUCAAACUACUUUUUUCUUUCCAGUGAAAAGGCAUCUGAGGGAUAAGCAUAUAGGAACUCGACUGUAUUGCAAAUUUCUUGGACCUGCUCUUUCCUUUAAUAUUUGAUUUGUAGAUAUUUUAAUAUAUUGUUUAUUUAGAAGCCCUAAGGAAACCAAAGUUGAUAGAACGUUUUUAAAGAUAUAACUACUUAAAACUGGAAACCACUUUGUCAGCUUCACAUAUUUUUCUUAAACCUAUAUAAUAAAAAAUGUGAAGGUUUUUCUAAUGAAUUUAUCGUAUAGCAUAUUUUAAAGGAAGCAUCAUAUGAUCAUUAGAAGCUGUCCCCGCUUUUUCUGGUAAGGUAGCGAGGUAAAGAAAAUAACUGCCUGUGAAAAUAUCAGAUGUGAAAGGGUUUUUAUCGAAAUGGAAGUUCAAGCUACUGUAUACUGCUCUGUGAUCAAGACGUGAGACUGGCAGAUAAAGUAACGCAUACUUUAAUAUUUUAUGUAUUUUCUGAUGUUUUUCAUUAUUUCCACGUUGUGUCUCAUCAUAGAAGUCUUCGAGUUUAAAGAAUAUUUGGCUCAGUGCUAGGAACGAAGAGCUGGAGCUUCAACUUUAACUGAUGCUCUGUUGGUAAUAAAGAAUUCCUUGGUUAUGUCAACUCUGUCGGGGGGAAAGUUUGUCGAGCACUGACAGCGUAACUCAUGUUUUUCAAAAGCAUGGACGGUAGCCUCCGUGCGAAGUGACUCAGUGAUGCAUUUUGCUUGUCGCUGAGUGUCUGUGAGCACUUGCAGUGACUGCAGUCCUGGUCUCCGCCGCACCCUCGGGAGCGCCCCACUGACUUCUGCUGAAGUGUUUGGGGGAGUAGGAUUUCACUCACUGUAUUGUACAUUUUGAGACGUGUAUCACAAAUUUUCACUUACAGGUGUCUGAUUCUAUGGUUUAAGAUGUUAAAUCAGUUAACUGACAACUGGCUCUAAAGAAGCUGUUACAGUGUGCUGCCAACUUACACCUCAACAGAAGAGAAGCUGAUCUGUGGACUGUGAGUUUGGCAGAGACUAGAUGAGAGUUGAAGAUGAAAGGAAUCUGGUCUAAAGCCCUGACCCUUCUGAUCCACCUGGAAGCUGUGUAUGGGAAAUAAUGUCUUGUGAUGAAUCGACUGCUCCUGUGCUCCAAACUGGAAAGCAGCUCACUUCUUCCACUGUUUGCUGUAUGACUCUGGACGUGUCAGAUAAACACUCUGCCUCAGUUUCCCUGUCUUAAAACGGGGAUAAUACCUACCUCACAGGGGUGUUGUGAGGCUUAACUCUUGCGUGAGGAACACUGAGAUCUGUUACUGGAGGGCGCUGGAAGGAGUACGAGAUACUAAAUUACAUUGUGUUUACUCCUGCAAAUGCAUUGCAAUACCUUGGCACAACAGAGGGAACUGAGGAUAGUCUUGGCCUUACAAAAUUCUUUGAUGCUGUGGUUUUCAGGUUUUCAACAGUAUUUAAAUGUAGAUUUUUUAAAAGAAUGUUUUGCUAGUGAAGGGAAUGUAGCUUUGCCUCCAGAUACAGAACACCUUGCUAGUUUGCAUUUCUACUACGCAUCUUGUAUGAUAAUUGCUCACACGUAGUUCAGAAUAGCCUGCUGCUCGUCGGACCCGGGUUGGCCCGGGUUGUGUCAGUAGUCUUACCUAACUUCUCAGCAGAGCGUUGCAGUCAACUCUCGAUUAUCCGUGGGUGGAUUACCAGUGUUGUGCGUUAACCGUGCGGGCUGCCUGGCUUCGCUCCUUGCCCUAUGCCGGCGCGUUGGCCAAGCACCGCGUGCCAAGGGGGAGGAAUAGCGGGGCUGAGCCCUGCGGGGCUCGGCCCCAGCGGGCUCUUGGGGGCUUUGUUAGCUCGGGGCUGGUGCUGUUGAGGUGCCCCCCACCUCUCACUGGAGAGGUGCAUCUGCAGGGCGCGCGACUGUGUCCCCUUGGCUCAGCGCUGUGCCCCGCCGGCGUCAGCAUUGCGGAGCCGCUUCUGUGGUCACGCUCGUUGUACAGUCUCCUGAACUAACUUAAAUGUGUUAAUAUGCUAUUUAUAUGUGGGUUUGUUUUGUCUGAAUUACCUUGACUCUUUCUCCUGUUACCUGUAUAUGAUCUAGAGUUGACUGUUAACUGAGAUCUUGUAUGAGACUACAUUUGCAAAAUAUGCUACCACUGCUAGUAUACUACAAAGUAUUAUCCAAGUAAAUUUUGAAAUGAACAAAGUACUAUUUUUUUUUGAAAUGUGUCCUUGCUUUUUAUGGUAAACUUUCACUAAUUAUUUUGCUUGCUAGUUUAAAAUUGGUCUCAGUCAUUAGUAUGAAUCUUUGAGGUCCUGCUGUAUAUCACUAAUGCGCCAUAUAAAUACUACUGCUCUUUAGUUUAUUUAAAAAAAAAAUUACCAAAAAUCCCCAUUGUAGCACUGACAAGCCUGACUUACUUCUCUCCUGUUGCUUUUACAAAAAGAGAGCAACCCUUAGGUCAUGGCAGUUGCCACCAUUGGCUGACAGUCUCUGUAAAUGCAUCUGCAUAGAUGGAAUUGUGCUCACUAAUUCCACUGUAACUAUUUAAUCUUUUUUUGUGCCAGAAGUCAUAUUUUUCUAUUACUGUGUCCAUUGCAGGCAAUGGCUAGCUUAAAAGACAAGAAGCUCUCCCCCGCGUUAUUUUUAUUAUCGGGGCAGGAUACGAAUGUGAUGAUGCUGGUGGUGAUGGUGAUGAUGCCGAUGAGGGGGGCAGGAGGGGGAGCUGUGUGGCCUCUUUGUCCUGCGGCGUGUUGCGAGCGCAGCACCAGCUGGUGUUAACGGGGCCCUCCCGUCUCUUCAGCCCUCAAUGGUCAAUGCACCGAAGGCGUAUAGUCAGGUCAGGUGGCUGUGCAGCAGCAGCAACGCAAUGUUGGGGUUCGUCCUGGCUGUAUUUGACCCAGCCUCAGCCUCCUACCUUGCAGUACAGCUUGAUUUUUUAACCUGACCUGUCUGUGGUUACACAGACCGGAUUUAUCCCGAAGAUCGUGGUUCCAGCGUACCGGGAGCAUUCAAAACGACUGCACAAUCUGUCUUUUUUUUCCACAAAGCAUGAAACUAGUGAAUCUCAUGUAAGUGAACGCUGCAGCGGUGGGGAGCUGAUUGUAUUGUGUAUCACAUUCCUGAAUUUUUAAAAUAAAAAGAAAUGGAACGCUGA